AUGUUUGAAUCUCUGGCUGUCCCGUGUAGCGGCUCUCUUGACUACUCGUUCGCCUCUUCCAGCCAGCGAGAUCCGACGUAUAGAUGUCUUAUACGCUUUCCCAAUGAGUUCUUUGAUCCCGCGGACGAGAUUACUGCAUGGUACACCGAUCAGCCUCGUAAACGAUUUAAUACAAUUCAGUAUCGUAAAGAAAAGACUAAAAUAGGCCACGAGUUCAUUCUUGUUCUAUUAGAAGAAGAAGGCAAAGUCGUUUCCCACUGCCGUGUGGAGCGCGCUGGCGACCCGGAGCACAAAUUUCAGGUUAUGCGUACCGACGGAACCGUUGCACUCGAUUUCAUACAAGCUAUUCCACUCGAAAACCCCAAGUGUCGUAGCUUAGUCCAAAACUCCGAUGUAGUUGCUCAAAUUACUUUCCCAGUCACCUACGAUCUUCGUGACGUACUAGCCAUUUGUUAUGGAAUAUCCAAGCAACGACGAUCCCAAAGAUACACCCUACAGCAAUACAACUGCUAUUUUUUCUCAUGGACAAUUAUUAUAGCAUUAGGUCGCGCGAAUCUGAAUUGGGAUCUCUCUGGCUCAGUACAAGAACACAUACAGAAUAUUCGAUGUCGGAUGUCCAAAUUGAUUAACGAUCAAGGGCUGGAAAGAUUCGAUUCACUUGCCUAUAUCACAUCCAACCAUGCUUACCCAAGCCACGGAGACGCAAACAAGCACCCACUCAACCUACCAGUGCACGAUUGGAUCCAUAGUCCAGAACUUGCUCAAUUGGUUCUUGAAAUGUUGCAAAACAUGCUUUGGACACAGAAGCUCAGAUCUAGCAUCACCCACUGCCUCGAACUAGCAAUAGGCAGGUUAGCACAUGGUACUUUCCAGUCCAUCAUCGAGCCAGAAUUAGUACGGCAGCUUCAACACAAAUCAGAUUCUCGCCACAAUCUCGGCUGUAAAUUCGAAAGAAGAGUCCAUAAACUCACGUGGGAAGCGGUAAACAUAGGUCACCAAACCUACCAAAAGUUAUUAAUCAUAACUUUGGGGCGCUUGGCUGAAGAUAUGGAUAUUGUCAAACAUAGGAUGAAUCCGAAGUCGUGGGGCAAAUGUACCAAAAACUUUAUCCUUGCCUCAAGACGCCCAGAGGAUUGUCAGUCCACAGAUUCCCAUUUGUACGAGUCUACUGGAUCGCUAUUUCCGAGCAUCGUUACAGGAUAUUUAGACGAUGAUAACCCCGACUCUUACUUCAAAAUUACGGGCUAUAACCUUGAAAUGUUUUUACCAUUUUUCUUGCGUACUUCGAUGACACUUACGUUUAGUCAUUAUGGAGGCGGGAGUAUUAUCCGACGUACAGGCAGGAUCGUCAGAAAUACGAUUCAUUUGGGUGUCCGCGAUGCAUAUCGGAUGUAUCCUGUUUCAAGGCAGCUUUUAUGCGCGUUCAUGUUCUGCAAUACCGAAACGACAGCUGAGCUCACACCCCCCGAGCACACGGGAUUUAUCGAUGAUUUUCGAGUUCAAAUGAACAGAACCUUCCGAGAAGGUCUCAGUCGAGGUCUGUCCUAUCUUAAUAAUGGCCUCCGAAAGUUGAUCGAAGACCAUCAUACGACAAGUUUGAACGUGCUACACCCCUUUUCGCUUACUCUUUUGGUUGAUCUGGGGGAAAUGGGACACCGUCCGGGAGCGGAGGUUGCCUGGCGAGCUGUUCUCCAACAACAAUUUUUGGACGGCGCGGUGGAAGAAGCUUACCAAGAAUUGAAAAGUUUUGUCGAAGCUGCCGAUUUAGAAACAAUGGUUAAGGCAACUGAAGUGAAGUAUGAUACCAACGAUCAUGGUCAAAGUGGUAUUUGUGAGGAUGAGGCUGGAGCUACCUCGAGUAGCACAACCGCGACUAAGGGAAAAAUGGGUGAUCCCAACGAAGCUGACAGCCAGCCUAAAAUACAAAACUAUACGGAGCUACAAGAGUUUAUCAGCCAACGGAUAUCUCAGCUCAGUACACGGGAAAUCCAAGCCCCGUCCUCCUUGAAGUAUAAAGAGCUGAAAUUUGGCGACAUAUGUCAGACCCAAAUAGAAGAAACGAUGGAGGAUGUAUGGCAAAUAUGCCGACCUUUGAUGACGCACGAACUAGGUUCCAAGGGAAGAGGGACGAAAGAAGCAGCUAUAUGCGGAAUAAGCUUUCCGAUUUCACAACCAAUUGUGGACGAAUGCGCCGAUCAAGUGGAGCACAAAGUGGCACGUGAACUAAAAAAGGAUCGGAGCGCACAGCCACCAGAGGAACCCUUUGCGAGGUGGUGUGGGAGAAACGCCCCAGCUCAGUUGACCACCCUCUCACGCAUCCAGGCGAUUAAAAUACACUUGGUCGGGCCGUUGAGUCCCUCGAGCCCAACGACGAUGAAUCUCAGCACUUCCGCAUCAGAGCUCGACGUCCCGAUCGGCCUUGCUGUCGAUUUUGCCGAUGAAAUCGAGUUUGAGCUUGGGCUAUCUUCGGUGCAGGACAAACCAGUGUCCAUGUCCGUGUCUUCGCCCCGUCUAUCCUCUGUCCAAAUGUCACCUUCGCCGAGUCAAAUUUCGACGGGAGGGAAUAUGACAAGUCUAGCGCCCAAUUCACCAACAAGUACGGCAUAUAUGACAUCGCCUCCCACUUCGCCUACGCCCAUAUCUUUCGCACCGGAUACGGGGCCCGACUCGGACUCUGAGUGUGAGGAAGAAGACACGAUCGAUUCGAAUUCGGCCGUGGGGCUGGAAAAAGGUAAAGCGCCUAUGGCCCCACCUCGACACGACACGAAAGGAAAGUCUCGGGCGAUCCCUACUCCAAAGCUCCCUUUUCGCGAUUUGAGCUUACACGAAUUCCAAACGCCUCCUGAUACGACUUUUGGAACUCCCUCGGGCUCGGGUGUGGGGUCUACAGGCACGAGAAGUCGAUCCAGGGCGAAUAACACGAUGCUGCCAGCGGAUGAAUCCACUCGAGAUCUUCCCUCCAUUAUGCCUCUCGGUCCAUCCUCCUCCUCCUCCAACUCUUCCGAACCCGAAAUCGACGUUACUCCUCGUCCCUCUAGAAUCAGAUCCCGCGCUUUGUCAGGCUUAUCGUUUAGCUCGCUCCGAGACGCAGUGAAUUCACAUCGCAAGAGUAUGUCCCGCCAACCAUCGAUAACGAUAUCGGGAACAUCGUCUCCAACUCCAAGUCUAGCACGAAGGCUCAGUCUGAAAGGGCUUAGCGCGCUUAUACGUAGGAAAAAGGAUCGAGAUGGGUCCAGAUCCAGAUCUGGCUUGAGCUCCGAGGUUGCGUCGGGAGUCAGUACCCCGGCAUCGCCGUUUUUAACGCCUUCAAGUACGGUAGCCCGUCGGAAUGGAGGAAAUGCCAGAGUAUGCGUUACAGGGGCAUGGGAAGGUGGUCCGAGCGGGAGCAGCGGCGAAGAUACCGCUAGUACAGCCCAACAAGAUGACGCUCCGCCAGCAGCAGACCCAAUUCCAAAAGCCGAGCAAGAAGUCGUAUCUCGUCCGGUACGAGGUCGAGCAGACACCGUUCCCACUAGCGACUAUUUUGGAUUUACGUUUGGAUUCGAAGACGAGGAGGAAGAAAAGGAGAAGCCUGACGUUGACGAGCCCAGCAGGGAAGAUACUUCAGAUGUGCUGGUUCGAUCCUCUGAUACUGCCCAAGUGGACUCGCCCCCUCAGAGUUCUUUCAGUACGCUCCCGCGCGAACUGCACUUGUUGAUUUUGGUUCAUUUGGCAAGGUCGUAUGUUGACGAUCAUGCGCGGGCCAUCCAAGGCGAAGCUUGGAGCACCACCAAGGCGGGAAGCAUAGAGAACAAGUGGGUUGGCGAGGCAGCGGGUUUGAGAGCUAUUAUUGGCAUGGCACGGGUGUCUCGGGCUUGGUAUUCACUAGCGUACGAUGGCUCGUUCUGGUCUCAGAUCAAAUACGCGUCGAUCCUUCCUCCUCGACCAGGGGUCCCGUCCCUUGCGAACUGGAUUCCGCAUUCUAUUCGAGCACAAGCCAAGAUGCAUCCAACUCCCGCAGACCUCGAGGAGCAGGACGAACGACUCAUGCGAUUGAUUCAAACAGCCGGGCCUUGCCUCACCAACCUCGACAUGCGCGGGUUCACGCGUUUCAAUGCAGGUCAUGUCGAACGCGUCGUUCAAUGGGUGAGCGUCUCGACUGUGGAGGUACCUAGAUCCAAUGAGGAAGGUGUUCUGCCGGUCCGAUCCCUUCUCUCCCUGACACGAUACGAUACCUUGCCCGACCUUCCUUCCAAGACCACCAACCUGACCCGUCUCAUUCUCUCAUCCUGUUUCCAACUCACUUCUCAAUCUCUUCAUGCCCUCCUCUCAGCCAGCCCAAAUUUGAUUCACCUCGAGAUGCGAGCUCUCGAGGCUGUCACGGACGAAGCUUGUUCUAUUCUUUCCUCCCAUUGCCGAUCAAUCACCCACCUCGAUAUCAGCCGGUGUACUAACCUCGGACCCGAGGCACUAACUCAUAUUUGCGGCAUCGCUCGACCCCACAUUCGCAACACCGGCUUGUUGAAGCUGAAAUAUCUGAACAUGGCCGGCUAUGCAUACGUCGAUAGUACGUCACUCAGGCGACUGGGGGAUAACUUGGGUCAUACCCUCGAGAUCCUCAACCUCGCCGGCGCAUGGGGCGUCAGCGACUCUGCCAUUGCUGCAUACGCCGAGAUCCAACCGACCGCGGCCCAGAUCGAAAAGGCCAAAGUGGCCGAAAUCGAACGUUGGGCAAGGACGAGGACGAGGGCAAAGAGCAAAGCCCGGAGAGAUGAAACCGAAGAAACCCAAGUCGAGUUUGUCGUUCUUACCGCCCGCGAGGCAGGACUGGAUCCUACGCUCGCCGGGCCGUUUUAUCGCCGUCGAACCGCACUUCGACACCUUAACCUUUCCAACUGUCGCCGACUUACUGAUGUCGGACUCGCCUCGCUCGCUUACGCUGUUCCUCGGCUUGAGAUUCUCGAAGUUUCUGGUAUUGCUGGUAUUGGGCAACCCGGGAUGGCCAAACUCUUAAAGACGUGUAAAGAUAUAAAGAGACUAGAUCUAGAGGAGACGUUGGUUGGAGAUUCUGUAUUAGAGGUUCUGACUCCGCCCAUGGAGGUCGAGGAUGAACAAGAAGAAGAUUUAGACGAAGAAUCGAUACACAUUGCUCUAAAGGCAGACAAAUCGCACCCCGGACAUGCCCUCACCCAUCUCACCCUCUCGCACUGCGCCAGCACACAACUCACAUCGGAGGCCGUCGCGCAGCUCAUUCGCGCCUGCCCCAAACUCAAAGUCCUGUCCGUCGACGGCACGCAAAUCGACGAUCGGGUCGUGCGGUUUUUCGUAUGCGCCGCUCAGGCCCGCGGUCUACUCGGCGCUGAGAUCGGAGCGACGGAUACGAGACAUGUUGCGCGCGCCGGUCUGCCGCCGCCUACUUCCACCCGCCCUCGUCGCGGGGUUCGUGAUUGGGAGAGCCGCGGGAUGGGCUACGUCGAUGGACGGGACUGGGAAGAGGGAGAAGACGAAUGCGAUGAGCGCCGUGUGGUACUCAAGACGUACUGGAGUUGGCAGGGCGUGGACGCGACGCUCGAACGAAGGCGUAUUAGCUCUGUCCCAGGUAUCAACAGGAGAAAUACGGAUGGUGGAAACGGAGGGAGUGGGAUUCGGGGGAAUGGGCCGAGGUGGAGAGCAAGGGAGAGAGAUACGCGAGGCGGAUGUGUUGUUAUGUGA